AUGUCGUCCGCCGUUGCCCAAAACCCCCCCUCUGAGGUUGAUGUUGUCUUCGUAGGAGGUGAGUUUUCUUUUUUUGGUUCUGAAUGGGUUCAGGCGGCGUGGUGGGUUGUCAGGGCACACGGGUUUGGGCGGAGUCGCCGAAGCGGCGAAGCGUCCGGCGGCACCCCUGCGACCCACCCCACCGCUCCGAGUCCCACCCACGUAUAAACGCCGACCGCUGCUUCUGCGGGAUCUCAGGCUGACCUCGUACUUAUAUAUGUCGUUUAACUUGCUACAGGUGGUGCCGCUGGCUGUGUCGCCGCUGGUCGACUCGCCAAGGCCAACCCUGACCUUCAGAUCGCUAUCGUCGAGGCCGGCAUGUGAGUUGCCUUCUCGAAUCUCGAGUCGCUCGAGUUGGGCGCCGCAGCGCCCCAAGCGCGCGCAUAGGUCGCCGCGGGAAAGCCUAGUGCGCUCGGAACCGCGUGUAUUUCCCGAACACUGACCCCUGACCGACACGCUGUUUCGGAAACUUUGUCGUCCCGACUUUCGGUGUGUGAUGAUGCAGUGACAACAUCGACGAAGCUACGAGUUACACCCCCGCUCUGUACCUCUCCCACUUGGCACCCACGAGCACGACUGCCAACUUCUGUGAGUUACCACCAUUACCCGAAUCUUCUGCCGUCGUCGGCUGAACUCUUCCUGACCUUGUGGCGUUCCUCCUCUCCGACAGAUGUCUCCAAGGAAGGCAAGGAGGUCGCUAAUCGAGCAUGCAUAGUCCCCACCGGUGGCAUGCUCGGUGGCGGAUCGUCGAUCAACUUCAUGAUGUAUACCCGAGGUUCCGCAUCAGACUAUGAUGACUGGAAGACCGAAGGCUGGGCGUUUGAUGACCUCUUACCCCUCGUCAAGAAGACCGAGACGAACCACCUACCUUCGCAAGCCCCUAAGGUUCACGGUGACAGCGGCAACCUGCACGUCUCGUACGGUGGUCAUCAAUCGAACCUUGGUGAGGAGUGGAUCAAGGCCGCACAGCAAGCCGACCCCAAGCUCCCCUACUCGCGCGAUAUUCAAGACUUCAGGACCGGCCAUGCCGUCACCAACUGGGGCAAGUGGAUCAACCCCAAGACCGGUCGCCGCUCCGACACGGCCAACGGCUUCGUUCACCUCGUCGUUAAGGAGCAAUCCAACCUCCACGUCUUGUGCGAGCAAAAGACCAUUCGCGUCCUCUUCGAUGAGAGUGGCGACGAACCCCGCGCCGUCGGUGUCGAGUACUGCCAUAACCCUACUGCUCGCACCCCCAUCGACCCCGAGAACCCUCCCAAGGUCGGCGAGACAUCCACGAUCAAGGCGAGGAAGUACGUCGUCGUCUCGGCGGGUGCGUUCGGCACGCCGCUCAUCUUAGAGCGAUCUGGUGUCGGCAUGAAGGAGGUCCUCGACAAGGUUGGCGUCAAACAGGUCGUUGAUCUCGACGUCGGCAAGCAAUACGACGACCAUCAACUAGCGCUCAACAUCUACGUCGUCGACGAAUCGGCCGACACGCUCGACGAGUUGCUCCGAGGCAACCCCGAGGUUCACGCCGAGGCCGGUCCCCUGUUCGUUAAGGAAGGCAACGGUCUCUUGACCACCAACGCCAUCGAUGCCGGUACCAAGAUGCGUCCGACCGAGGAAGAGGUUCGUGCCAUGAACUGCCCCGCUUUCCAAAAAGUCUGGGAUGAGUACUACAAGCAGAAGCCCGACGCCCCUGUCAUCAUCUGCGGUGCCGUCGGGACCUUCCUUGGCGACCAUGCGCUCUUGCCUCCCAACAACAAGUACAUGAUGUGCGGUGUGUAUGAUGUAAGCCGUCUUCCACAGCUCUCUCUGCAGACCAAACAGUGUGCUGACUUCGCUCCAUAUAUCUCAAUGUCGCAGAUGCACCGUCGCAGUCGUGGUCACUUGCACAUCAGCUCCACCGAUCCCUUCUCCGCGCCCGACUUUGACGCCGGCUUCAUGCGUGACCCGUCCGACAUGGCCCCUCACAUCUGGGGAUGGAAGCGCGCCCGUGAGACGGCUCGUCGCAUGCCUUCGUACCGUGGAGAGUUGGCUCCGACAAACCCCAAGUUCGCCGAGGACUCCCCCGCUCGCUGCAUCGGCCCCGAUGAGGCCAAGGCGCUGCUCGCUUCGGGCAAAAUCGAGGACCUCGUCUACUCGGAGGCCGACAACGCCGCGAUCGCGCAAUGGGUUCGUGAGAACGUCGGCACGACGUGGCACUCGAUUUCGACUUGCCCCAUGAAGCCUCGAGCGGAGGGUGGCGUCGUCGAUGCUCGCCUCAACGUCUACGGCACCAAGGGUCUUAAGCUCGCCGACUUGUCCAUCUGCCCGCGCAACGUCGCUUCCAACACCUACUCCGUGGCUCUGACUGUCGGAGAGAAGGCAGCCGAUCUUCUUGCGCAAGACAUGGGCGUCCAGGUCUGA